AUGCCAUGGUGGGAACCAGCACGCUGGACUACUAGUCCCUACUACGCUCUGGUGGUCCUAGUCAUCGCCUGUGGUGGUAUUCCGAAAGGUUAUGAUGAGGGUGGUUUUAGCGCAAGCGUCAAGCUCACCUCCUUUACCAUCGACUAUAAUCUCGUCAAAGAUCACUGGAAGAACGACGCGACCGGCUUAGCCAACCGUACGGCUAACAUCACCUCGUUCAAUGUCCUGGGUGCUGCCUUCGGCGCGCUUGCUGGUCUAGAUCUGAAUGAUCGCCUCGGGCGUCUUUGGUCGUGGCGACUGGCCGUGAUCGUGUGGGCGAUCGGAACACUGAUCCAGAUCUUCUCCUCUGGCAUAUAUGGCCUGCUCCUUUUCGCCCGAAUCUUCGCGGGUCUGGGUGCCGGCCUAUUAACCGUCACCUCACCCCUGUACCUGUCGGAAGUGGCGCCAAGGAAGACGCGAGGUCUCGCCGUCAGUCUUUACAUGGUGGUCCUGCUAUUGAUCCUCGCCGUCGGUUUCUUCAUCAAUUAUGGCGCCAAUCUCCACAUGCCCGCCACGCGCACCCAAUAUCGCCUAGUCCAAGCCAUCCCUCUCAUCCCUACCGGUAUCGCCUUCUUCCUCUCCUGGCUGUGCCCGGAGAGCCCUCGCUACCUUGCCUCGAAGCAACGCCAUGAGGAGGCAAAGGAGGUCUUGGCGCGCCUUCGCGGCAAGUCAGUCGACGACAAAAGCGUGGUGGAUGAAUUCGAGGAGAUUGACAGCCAGGCCCGGGAGCGAGCAGACCUCAAAUCCAUCUCUCACUGGAACGCUUUCAAAGAGUCACAGACCAAUCCUAACUAUCGUCAACGAUUCUGGCUCCUCAUGACCAUGCACACGAUCGCUCAGUGGACUGGUGGAAACGGUAUUACUUACUACGUCACGACCAUCUUUACGUACGCCGGUGUCGAUGGUGCCGACCAGUCGCUCAUUUCCUCGGGUGCGUAUGGUAUCGUCAAGCUUGUUUUAACCAUCGCCUUCACCUGGGGCUUGAUCGAUUAUUUCGGUCGUCGUCGCUGCACAAUGACUGGACUAGCCCUGCAGUUGGCAGCGCAUAUCUAUAUGGGCGCCUAUAUGGGACUGCAGCCAGGUUCUGCCGACAACAAAUCUGCCUCGGAUGCAGCUAUUGCCUCUGUUUUCAUUUAUGCCGCCGGCUGGUCGAUCGGUCUUUGUACAGUUCCUUAUCUCUACGGCACGGAGAUCUUCCCCACCCACAUCCGCAACACGUGCUACGCCAUCAGUAUGGGUCUGCAUUGGUUCUUCCAGUUCGCCGUCGUCCGUGUCACUCCCAACAUGUUCGCCAACUUGCACGUCUGGGGCGCUUACCUCUUCUGGGCCAUCAUCUGCACCCUCGGACUCAUCAUCUUGGACCAAGGAGUUCCCAUCGAGAAGAUGGAUGAAUUGUUCGAAGGCCCUUGGUAUCUGCGCUGGAAGGCCAAAGUUGGCGAAUCCGAUGUGUCCUCCGAGUCAGCAGAUACCAUCGCCUCCCAGGAACAUGACCAAAAGGUGUUCCGUGAGCGCGACGCUAAGGCUGUCCACGAGACAAGCGGCUAA